AUGACGCAGUUGACUCCGUUAGACGCCGCUCUGCAGCUCUUCACUUCCGCACAGGAUACGCAGUUUGCCGUGCAGUCCUCGACCAAGCCGGUGGUGGCGCUCUCUGUGCCCCAGGAUCCCGAUCGCAAGCAGAAGCGCGAGCUGCAGAAGCUCCUGGUGCCACUUACGCUGCUCCAGUCAUCGAAGGAGACGGCGAUCUCAAGCCUCGCGGUCUUUCAGGGCGGCGAAGAGGUGGCUACCGUCACGACCGACGGAGAGCUUAAAGACCGCGUUACCAAGCUGGUUAAGCACAUUGGAUGGAGCCCCGACUGUCCGGAUGAGAGCCAACUACACAACUACCUGUCCCCGAUUAACGCGGAGGAGCUACUAGGCGACGUGGCAGCUUUCACAGCCACAACAGGCCAGCGUGACUACGUGGCGAAUGCCGCCAACGUGUCGUCUAUCAUCUGGCAUGCGUUCGUAGAGGCCGAACGUCCAAUCAACUGGGCCGGUUUCUACUUUGUCCGUCCUCUUGCCAACCCCAAGGAGACGGACCACGACCACAUCUUGAUCCUCGGUCCGUUCAUGGGGAAGCCAGCGUGCAGUCGGAUUCGCUUCCAGAGUGGCGUCUGCGGCGCCGCGUGGCGCACCAAGUCAGUGCAGCGUAUCACGGACGUGCACGAGUUCCCCGGCCACAUUGCGUGUGACGACGCGUCUCAGUCUGAGCUGGUGGUUCCUGUCUUCGAUAAACAGGGAGAAGUCAUCGCUCUCAUUGAUCUCGACUGUCCGGAGAAGAACGGGUUCUCGGUUGAGGACGAACGCACGUUCGUGGAGGUCGCGCGUGUCAUGUCCGAGGCCUGUGACUGGGGCAACGUCGGCCUGCCGUACACCCAGCCAUGA